UUCGUUUUAAAUCCAUAUUAUAAUAAUGAUCCUUUACAAGAUCGAUGUGUUAAAUAUAACAAAACGCUGACCGAAUAUUGGAAAUAUAAGAUUACAAUCACCUAAAAUACAUACUGCAUUGAGAUAAUAAUUUGUGUGUUCAUACUUGUGUAAAAUCGUAAUUAAAAUUGAUUUAUUUUUUGUUAAAUAUUUGGAUUUAUGUUGAACAAGUGUUUAUCAAUGAAAUGAGGAAAAAUGCAUUUAUUGGAUACACAUUAAUAUGAUUUUUACAGUAGGUUUACAUUUAUUCAAUCUGGUGAAAUCGUUUAAUGGAUGUUAACAUUUGUUAUCCCUGUUUGGAAAGGAAGUGAUUAAUAUGAAAACAGAGUAGGGAAAGAAGACUUAAUAGAAUGGCUACGUUUAAUUUGUCACGUGGUCGGAAUGAGGAGUUGAAGACGUGUCAGAGGCGGCUAGAGUAUCUCAGUAGCAGGUUACAGGACCUCGCUAUCGAGAUAGGUGACGGACAGGGUGCUGUCUGGCUGAAACAAAAUAUGUGGUUUCUUAACAAGCCAGCUAUGUAUUUUGAUGACGUUCUGUUCUCUGUCGGCAAGAUCUGUAACCAUUUAGUGUCCUACCUCACAUUCCAUAAACAAAAGUUAGCAUCUAAUUUUCCAUUUUUAUCAUAUAUGGGAAUUCUGUACGAGGUUGGUGAGAUUCUUGGUAUAGUUAGAGAUAUGCUUCUAGUUAACCCUAGUGAGAGCCUAUCUGUAAAACAGAGCCAGAUAGAUUUGUUUUGGACAGAUUGUACACCGUUCCUUUUCAUAUUCGAAAAUAGUAAUCAUUUAUUACUAAGUACACGACAGAUUCCAUUAUACAUGCGAGCUAUGUUAGAUCUUGUACCGGCUGUAAUUCAAGUUGGAAUGUGUAUGUACUGUUCAGUGGAAUCACAACUCAGAGGUUUUGACUGUUUUGCUGAAUCAUGUAUUCGUCUUUCAAAGGCUCUUGUUGAACCAGGAGAAUUUCUGGCAAUGGCGGAGCAGUUGGAACCAGUUAUUGUGCCAUUUUUAAGACAGUGGAUUUUGUUUGCCUUAGAGUUGGUUCAGAAUGGUGUUAAAGUGAGGACAGACCAAACGUUUUUGUCGCCAAGAGUCUCCGCGAGAUUAGACGAGGCUAAACGAGAGUUUAACAACAUAAAUAAUGAGGAUAAAGAUCAAACCGUGCCAAAAACGCUCAAUGUACUUUCUCUGUCAUCAAAUUCAUCUUUGCCAGAUGAAAUUGCUGACUCAUCUCUUGCACCUUUGAAGAUCAAAAACUCUUGUCUUGUUCGAGCAUCAUGCCAGCCUUAUAAAUGGAUUGACGUAGCAAAUACAAGACUUGCUUACUGUCCGAACGAACAACGUAAAGGAUACUUGGAAGAAAUCAGUCUAAGGGAGAACCAGAAACUAAUUUCAGACAUAUUUAUUAUGUACGGGAAAAAACCAGUUUCUUGGAAAGGAAUAAGAAUUCAUUGCCCAUUGACAAAGCGUUAUGAUGAAAUUAAAGUGAAACUUUUCAUUAAAGUGAAAGUCGGCGAGAAAUGGGAGGAACGGGAAGGGCAAUAUGACAGAAGUUUCAGUAAAGGUGAUUUUCUCGUGUUCAAUGGAUGUACUUUGGAGGGUUUUGUUGCAAUAGAAGAACGUCCCAUGACAUCGAAAAAGGUUGGACCAGAGGGCGGAAAGCUUACCACGCCAUAUGACCCGAAUAUGGAAGCAAAUAUACCUGCAGGAAGAAUGUCAAAAUCCUCUCUAGUCAAAAUGAUGGUACAACCAACGGACACUCCAGCCGAGCGACAAUACAGAGAUGCGUGUCCUGAUGAUUUUAAACACAUUAAAGCCACAUCACAAGCCAUAGAAAUAGAGGGAGUCAGCAUGGAGGAAAAGAAUAUAUCUAUAAAAAUUCCAUUCACUGUACUUAGUGAUCCAAAUACUAAAAUUCUUGUGUUGAAAUACACACGUGACAAUAUAGAAGUAAAUGAUAGCGAGGGACUGUUACAAGAAACGGAUGAAAACGUUUUUACGGUGAACUCCGGUAAUGGCGGAACUGUUUUAGCAACUGUUGACCAUAGAACAUACAGUUCAGGUACAGAGGCAAAUGUACGGAGAGAGAUGGAGGUUCUGCUUGGCAAAAAACAACUCUGCAAGCUUCUUAUUUUUGUAGAAAACCAGAACGCCACACAUGAAGCUCAAGUUGACGUUAAUCAAAUAGUACUUAGUGUCGUCUGCGCGGAAAAAUACAGACUAUCUGAGGUUAUUAAAGACAAAACUAAAAUCGGGCUGAUUGAACUUCCAAAAAGCCAAUCUCCAGACCGUCUGCUAAAACAAGCGGACGAUAUUAAACUUGAAAUUAAAGGAAGUGUUUCACUUGAUCCAGAUAUCCCAGAUGACGCUUAUACGUUAACGUAUCUUGAAGGUUCUGACAAUUACGUUAGAUUUCCAGUAAAUAUAGCCGAUUGUAAUGGACGAAUAACGUUUGUUCUUCGGCUAGGGAGAGAUAAUUCUGUUCUUCAUACCUACUUCUGUAAUGUGGCGGAUAUUUUAGCAUUAAUCGUACAAGGGUAUAUAGCGCCCACCCCACCUACCUCUCCCGAGACGGAUGACGAGGUCUUUGAUAGCUACCAAGUUUCAGAGAAGUCAAAGGAAGACCCACAACCGGAGAAGGAGACAGAGGUCAUUAAGGACAAAAUUAGUAAAAAAGAAACAGUAUUGCGUUCACAAACAAUACAAUUUGAAGACAGCAACAAACAUGGUUUUACACCGUCACUUAUGAGAGAAACGUCGUCAUGUUCAGUAUCACAAGACGAAAGCGAGUCGACGGAACCUGACAACGAGGCGUCCUUGAAGAUUCUGAACAGAAAUAGUUUGGUUAAUCUUGCAAAAUAUAUCAUAAGUGAUGAAGGGAGUCUGCUAGGAGUAUGUCUUGGUUUAAAACCUGAAAAGAUUAGUCAAAUUUAUAGAAUGUACCGCCACAGUAGUUCUUUGGCUUCUUUUUAUGUCUUAUACGAAUGGAGAGGUCGAAAGACUCAACCGGACUUAGCAGACAAACUGAUACAAGCCUUGUUUGAUAUUGGAAGACGAGAUCUGGCUAGUAUAGUGAGUGAUGUUCGCAAACAGAAGCGGGGACUGUCUUCAGAAGAUUUCGCUCAUUUAAAUAUUCGACACAAGUCAAGAAGGUCCUAGGGAUGUCAAAGGCAAGAGCAGUCGUUAAAGACAAAAUGUGAUUAAGUGUAUAUUGCUUGUACCAGAACCAGCUGAUUUAAAACUUGUGCUUACUUACUAACUUGAAACAAAAGAUAGUAUUCUAGUAUUCAACACAUUUGUGCCAUUUAACAAAUCAUGGUCGUUUUUGUAAUUGCUGGAAGUCAUAAGCUAAUGUCAUUGAAAAAUGGCAUAUCUGUCUCAUAGAAAAUGAGAAUUAAAAUCAAAAGUGCACAGACCCUUUUACAUACUGUGAAAUAUAGCUAAUUCUAAUAUUCAAAAUAAUAUUAAAAUAUGCAGAUUUGUAUCAUAAUCAGUGAAAACUAUUUUUUACUGAUUUAAAAUUCUUUUUCUUUGUAAUAGAAAGUGGCGUUAUCAAGUAAAAUAUUUGUUAUACGUCCAGAAUUGCUAAAAUCAUACGGCUUCAAAUUAUGAGAUGGAGAUGAUAAGUAGAAUGCAAUUAACCGUUAGUAUUAUCUAUCUGGGACUUUUACUGGAGGCACUUGAAAUACAUUUGCUUUAAAUUAAAAAUCUGCUUGUAAUAAACUUCGUAAUAUAUAUUAUGCGUAAUAUAUAUAAUAUGCGAUAAGUUUUUUUAACUGCAUUAACAUUUUCACUUCAUUUCAAUACAGUGUAUGGCCUUCGAAAGGCCGUUUUUUGUCGUCAGUCUGAUUUACGUGUUGCUGCAGAAUAUGGGGCUGCGUUCUGUGAACGUUACACGUUUUUGUUAAUCUUUACUUUCAUUUUUAUAUUACCUGUGUGAAAUACGAGUACGUAGAAAAGAACAAAUAUUUUUCCCUGUAAAAAAGUUAACUAGAGAGAAAAACGCAUGCUAUUUUUAAUUUUAUACUUCCCGUAUUUUAUUAAUAUAACGUUACAUAUACAUAGUAUAAAAUGAAAUCUGCACGUGUGCAAAAGACAAUUAAUACAUUCCUGAAACUGUAUGUCCGUUUUAAACCAAAUCUAAACCUCACUCAAAAUUGGUUUUAACUUAGUUUAUCUAACCGAUUAACUUGCGUUUCGAGAAUCCAAGUAGUUUGUUGCAUGGAUGAUAUCCUAUUUUAUAUUAAUAAAUCAAUAUACUUAUCUGUGUGUUUCGUGUAAAAAAUCAUCUGUUUUAUUAAUAUUAAUGCAGACUUAGAUGAAACAAAGUAUACUUUGAUAUGAUAGAAAUAGAAAUUUUGACGUGCAAUCAAAAUAAUCAUUUCAAUGUUUAUAAUGCUUAUUUGCUUAUAAAUGUUUUGUCUAUUUUUAUGUAUUACAGCAGAGCUUAUUCAUGCAAUGUUAUUUGUACAGCUUUGGAAAGUAUUUUAUUACAAGUACUUUUCCAUAAAGAACAAUGCAAUAAUAAAAUCAAUCUAAAUGAAA